CGAGCAGGGAGCCCUCAAGGAGCUCCUGCGCACCAAGGACCUGUACGGCCUCGAGCCCAGCAACCUGGGAUCGUACGCGUACGAGCGGGUCAAGAUUCUCGAGUGUGGCAUCACGGCCCGCGACGUCCUGGACCUGGUGCCGCCUGACCAGCGUGACAUGCUGGCCCACCCGGAGAAGCACAUCCUCCGCGACAGCUCCGACCUCGAGCGCGCGAACGAGCAGGAGAUGCCGUUCUCGCCCUUCUGGGACCCGAAGCUGCGCUUCUCCAGGAAGGAGCGCUACCGGCUGCUCGCGAGGCUCAAGGAGCUUGGGCUGCUGGGCUUUCGGCGGAGCAUCGGAGCGAGGAUGGGGAUCUUCUUCGUCUCGAAGAAGGACGGGACCCUGCGCCUCAUCGUCGACGCGAGGGAGGCCAACCGUAUGUGUCGCCGCCCGCCGCACACGUGGCUCGGGACCGUGGCGGCGCUCGGGUCCCUCGACCUUUCAGACAGUUCGGUCGGCUCGGACGAGCCGGUCAACGUCAACGCAGCCUCGGUCGACCUGUACAAUGGCUUCUACCAGUUUCGCAACCGCAAGCUGGGCUCGCUGUUCGGGAUCGACUUCGCCGAGCGCGCUGACGUCUGGGGGGUCAGUGAGAUCUUCGACGAGGAGCGGGAGUGUUUCGUGCCGGUGGGACCGGACGAGAUGCUCUUCCCGGUCUUCGAGGGACUGCCCAUGGGGUGGUCCUGGGCGCUCCACUUCUGCCACGCCAUCACCUCCGAGGCGGGCAGGACGGCGACGAGCCUGCUGCAGGAUCGGCACGCGCCAGAGGCGCCGCGGCCCGAGCUGGCCUACCGGUUGCCGUACGUCGACAAUGCCAACGUCAUCGGGCUCAGCCGAGCCGCCACGCAGCGCGCCCUGGACGCCGUCAAGGGCGACCUCGACAAGAGCGGGCUGCACUACCACGAGGAGAACUCUCCCGCCGAGACGCUCGAGCUGCUGGGGGUGGAGUUUGAUGGCCGGCGUCGUCUGCUGCGUCCUAAGCCUCGGCGCGUUUGGCGGCUCCACUUGGCGUUGCGCGCCGUGCUGCGCCGAGGCCGCUGCAGCGGGCUCGUCCUGCAGGUUCUGGUCGGCCACAUCGUGCACCACUGCCAGCUGCUGCGCUUUGGGCUCUCGGCGCUCGACAUGGUCUGGUCCUUCAUGUCCGAGAGCGGCAGCAAGGAGGUUCGCCUGUGGGCGUCCGUCCGGUGGGAGCUGGAAGUGUCCUCCUGGCUCGUCUUCCUGGCCGAGGCCCGUCUCAGCGCAGAGCCUGCCAGCGUCGCCUUUUGCGGCGACUCCUCUGCCGUGGGCUACGCGCUGCACGUCACCUCCGUCUCGGGACCCGAGUUUCGGGCCGUGGCACGCUACCGAGAGCGGUGGCGCUUCGACGCGGUCGAGCGGAGCGACGAUGGCUGGGGGGCCGUGGGCGGCUGGUCGGCCGAGUGGCGAGCCUCGCCAGACCCGGCAGGGUCUCUCGGUGGCGGCCCUCGCGACCUCGGCGGCGGACCUGCGGUUCGCUGCCGGCCGUGGCGCGACAUCGAGACCGUGGAGCGGCCGGCCGAGGAGGUGGGGAUCCCGCCGCUGCCAGACGCGCUGCUCGCGAGCAAGCGCUGGGCGAUGGUCAUCAAGGGCGCGUGGCAGCACGACGGGGUCAUCCAUGAGAAGGAGGGCCGCGUGCUGCUCAUGGGCCUGGUGCGGGCCUCGAGGUGCGUCGGCCUUCACGGGAGGAGAGUUCUCUCGAUCGGGGACAACCUUUCGAGCCUCUGCAGCUUCGAGAAGGGGCGCUCGGGCAGCUUUGCCCUUCGGCGCCUGUGCCAGCGCGCCGGGGCCCUCUCCAUCGGCUGCGAGCUCGACUGGUCCCUUCGCUACGUGGAGAGCAAGAGGAACCCAACCGACUUCGACUCGAGGGCGGCCGACCGAGGCGAGCUGGCUGCCGGGACCUCCGUCGCUGGCCGGCAUGCACGGACUGAGCAGCACAGAAAGAGCAACAGCCCUGUCGUCAAGACGUCAGCUCAGCAUCAGUUCGUCCUGGAGAUCUUCGCCGGCUGCGCCGCCUUCUCCGCCGCCUGUCAGGAGGCCGACCUCAACAUCGGGUGCCCCAUCGAGAUCUCGAGGGGCCCCCACAUGGACGUCUCGAGGCAAAGGACCCAGAGGCACAUCAAGGGCUUGGUCAAGCAGGGGCUCGUGUGGUACCUCCACUUGGGGACUCCGCGCACUACUUGGUCGAGGGCCCGCACGACGGGCUCAAGUUCAGCCGCUCUUGGGGGCCUCCAGUUGGCCAAGUUCUCGUUGGGGCUCAUCAAACUCUGCAAGCAGUAUGGCGUCCUCUACUCACUCGAGAACCCGCGUUCCUCGAGGCUCUUCUCCUGGAAGCCCCUUAGGAAGGAGCUGCAGAGGCAGAGCGCGAUCUUUGUCCGAUACGAUAACUGUGCAUACGGUGCGGGGUAUCUCAAGCCGACCCUCCUGGCCACCAACAUGCAGGCCCUUCAGGGGUGCUACCAGAGCCCGUGGAAGGACGCCGUCAAGCCUUGGGGCCAGCGCGUGGUCUGGGUCGGCCCUCGGUUUCUGGAGCGCAAGACCGUCGGGAAGGGGACGCUCGUCAACUACGAGUCGUGUUCCUCGGACUUCGUCCACUGGGCCAGCCAGCAGGCCCCGCCCCGGGCGCUGGCUCCUCUCGAGCAGCUAGACGCCAGCCUCUCCGCGUACUUUGACUUUCUCUUUUUCGACGGCUGUGAGCCGUGGGCUGGUCGGCACACCCUGUUCGGCUACGCCCACCUGCACGGCAUCGUUGCGCCCUCGCGCAACCUGCCACAUGCUGUGAAAGCUCUGGCGGGCUGGGUGAAAGCCUGCCCAGAGCUCAGCCGCGACCCGUGCCCUUGGGAGGUGUUCGCCGCGAUCGCCGACCACUGGCUCGAGCUGGGCACGACCGAGUCCAUCCUUGCCGCCGCCUGCGGCGCCUUGCAGUUCGACACCUACCUCCGUCCAGCGGCUGCGGUCAGCCUGUCCCUCGAGCACGUGGUGUUGCCCUCAGGCAGGGCUGGCGACCGCUAUGACAAGGUGGCGCUGAUCGUGGCCCCUUCGAGUGGCACAGCACCUCGGCCCAACAAGAAUCAGCAGUUUGACGACACCGUGAUGGUCGGGUCUAUCGACCCAUCUCGUGGUUGGCUUCGGCAGCUUGUUCGACAGCUCGUUGCCAGAGCCAGAGCGCGUCGAGCCCAGCGCCUGUUCAACGAGCUCCCGCUGUCCACCUACGAGCGCCUGUUCCGCGAGGCCAGCCACCGACUAGGGCUGGCAGCGCUGAAAGUGUCGCCGCACACGCUGCGGCACGGCGGCCCUUCUCUCGACUACUUGAACGGCCUCGCCACGCUUCCUGUGCUGAAAAAGCGCGGGGGCUGGCUCAGCGACCGCUCCGUGGCGAGGUACGGCAAAGAGGGUCGACUCCUGAGGCAGAUCAGCCGCCUCUCGCCCGCACAGCAGCAGCAGUUCAAGCGUGCCGCCAAUCGCCUCGAACAGAAGCUGCUUCGCGCCACAG